GCACAGUCAGGAGCAGCUUUCCUAUUUAAACGUAGCUUUCUCCUCUUCCAAAAGAGACAACUAUCUCUAACCAAUCUUCUUCUGGUUCUGAGCAAAACAAAGAGUUCCAUCUCUUCUAAAAGAGACAACUUUCUCUAACCAAUCUUCUUCUGGUUCUGAGCAAAACAAAGAGUUCCAUCUCUUCUCUCUCGAGUGCACGAGAAAGAGGAGCACCGUGUAAACCUUGGGGGGCGACGCCCAAAUUCCUGAUUGCACCAAGUCAGGGGCGAAAUCGCUUCUAAGUCAGCGGACUUCUAAAUCCCUUCUAAAUGAUAUGUCUUAUCCACAACAAGGGAUAGGAUCAGUGGACUGCUUGGAACCAAACUGCUCCCCUUUGCAAGGUACGGCUCAGUUGAAUUUCUUGCUGGCAAAAUCUCAGUGACAAUAUGCCCGGUGGAAUCUUUUUCUGUUCUUCCUUGGAUUCUAUCCCCACCUUCUCCUGUUCGAUCAGAACUGGUGGAUUUCGAAAGGAAACUAAACAAAAGAAUUCAAAUGAAAACUUGGUGUCAGAAUGGUGAUAUUGAAUGCUUGAUCGCAGAGUGAAGAAGUUCCGCAUAUUGAUUGAGGGAUCAUGGUUGGAUCAAUGACUAAGAGGAGUUUCACUUAUUUGCGGAGCAUAAUACUAGUAGUGGCUGCACGUAUUUGUAACAGAGAGAUGUUAAGGUUUGAUUUGAGGGAAAUUACCGAGUAAAACCUAAGCCAUUAUCGACAACACGACUGCUGAGAUGUAUGUGACACAUUCAACCGUACACUAAUAGUGCAAUGAAUCUUCCCAUUGAAGGAAGUUAUGAUAUCGGGUUAGAAAAAUAUUAUCUUGAAUUUCUUAUUUCUAGUGCAAUACACGCUAAAUUGAAAAACAUCUUCAACUAUUUAUUUUAUACAUUAAAUAAUAUCAAGUGAGGUGGCUAUUGUUUUAAUAUAUGACAUGUUAUAAUGGUUAGACUUUACUAUACACGAAUUCAAUUGAGAUAUCCACCAAAAGAAUUAUGUGUACAAAUAUACGCAAGAAGUGAUGGUUUGUGAGUGAACUAUGCUUCUUGUAGAGAUUGGCAACGCAGAAGUUUGCUAGAGGUAUCAUGCAUCUUAAUGUUUAACUCAAUGAAAAUUUAGAAUAACUAAAUUUUUUUACUCGAUGAUCUUUUAUGCAGGCUCAACAAGUAUUCUUCGACCCAUCAGCAUUAAUGACAUCCGGAUUCAUUUCAUCCUCAAACGACAAAAUCUGCAUUGCGGAUGGAUGCAGAUGUUCUUUCCAUGCCAAAAUCAUUGCAUCCAGUAUUAAUAAUAUGGUGGAGGUUAUUGGGCAUUUAUUGAUUACGUGUACAAUGUCAUCCACUUGGAGAAAACUGGUGGAACAUCAGCUAUAAACACUUCCACUCAAAUUAUUUUUGGGUAAGCAUUGUUUAGUAUCAAAUAGCUCGAUUAUAAAAUAUAUAUAUAUAUAUAUAUAUAUAUAUAUUUCAAUUUCCUCUUUUUUAACGGGAGCAAUUUAAUUUAUAUAUUUAUAACUUAUUUAAUUACAUUAACAUAAAAAAUGUGCAAUUCAACACCAAGGCACAGAAAGUCAGACUCCUCUACUUGAUGGCGUAUUUGGGCUUGGAGUUAACCAAAUCCCCACUAUCAACCAGCUCUCAGCAAACAGUGAAUGCAACUGAUAUUCUCUUAUUGUUUGAAACGAAGCGGUGGUGGUACAUUGAUGUUUGGACAAGUUGAGGAGCCAAAUAUUGUUUACAUGCCAAUGAUUAAAGGGUAUGUAUUUUGUCUUGUAGAUAGAAUAAAUUAUAAGCUCAAACUUGAGUAUAUUGUAUUAGCACCUACACCCUUAUUUAGAGGUUGCAUGACCAUUGCAACCUUCACACUAAAAUGUUACCAGUUUGUCUAAGUUUAGGGCACAUUUAAUUAGAUGUGUAUGUGCAUAUGUAUGUAUCAUGAUAUUUUUUGGUUUAUACACUUGCUCUUUAGUACAACUAAACAUUCACAAGGUUGAUUUGUAAAUCUUCUAGGAAAAGUUUCUCUAAUAUUCAUGCAACCAAUUUCAUACCGAAUUACAAUGUGGAGUUGCAGAGUAUUUAUGUAAAUGGCCAACAAUUAACAAUUGAUCCACAAACAUUUAGUACAAAUUAUGGUGGAACAAUAAUUGACUCAGGAACAACUCUUGCUCACAUUGUGUCCGGGGCACAUGGUCUUCUCUAAUCAAUGCACUAUGUUAAUUACUACGGAGUAUUACUUAAUCGACUUAAGAGUGACCAUUAUUAUAUUUGAUCAAUUACAAAAGGGAAAUGGUAAAUAUAUUUGGAGUGUGCAUGAUGCUUAACUAAUUAUAUUUUCAAUUGUGAUAAUCACUAAUGCUCUUAUUUACAUAUAUAGAUCAACCAAAUCUUAAUUGACACAUGCUAAUGUGAUUUAUAUGGGGGAUACUCAAUGCUAUGCAUCCACAUUCAGGUUCUCCACUACGGCUCCGCCAAUUUGUUUUACAUCAUAUUUGUUGUAUCACUCUUUAAGUUUGAAUUAUUUUUUCCAUGCAUGUACUUUGAAUAUUUGGCAUUAUAAUGGUCUUAAUAUUUGAAUACAGGGUGUUUUCUGUUCUUCCAAUACUCCGUUUCAAUUUCGAUAGAGGUGCUUCAAUGACGUUAAGGCAAUUGAUUACCUUAUAAGUCAAAAUUUUGUGAUAAGUAUACGCGGUGUUCUUCAGUGAUAUUCAUUAAGUAAUUGGAUAUUUAGCGCAUGUCAAAUAGUCUCUCUGUGCGGGACAAUAUUGUCUCUAUUGUGAGAGACAAUAUUAGCGGGACGGAGAGAGUAUUUAAUUAACAAUAUUAGCGGGUAUUUAACAUGUGCUAAAUGUACGUCCAAUUACUUAACAAAUCACUAAAGUAUACAAAUUAUAUUCACCACAGAAUCUUGACUUAUAAGGUAAUCAAUUGACCUUAACGUCAUUGAAGCACCUCAAGCGAAAUUGAAAUGGAGUAUUGGAAAAAUAGAAAACACCAUGUAUCCAAAAAUUAAGACGAUUGUAAUGCCAUAUAUUCAAAGUGCAUGCAUGGAAAAAAUAGUUCAAGCUCAAUGAGUGAUGCGACAAAGAAAAUGUGAGCCAAAUUGGUAGAGCUGUAGAUGAGUAUCAGAAUGUGGAUGCAUAGCAUUGAGUAUCCACCAUAUAUAAAGCCCAUUAGCAUAUGUAGAUACAACAUGGUUGGUAUAUACAUGUACAUAAGAACAAUGGUGAAAAUUUCAAUUGAAAAACUUAACUGGUUAAGGUGCAUACAGACUCCACUCAUAUUUACCAUUUCCCUUUUGUAAUUGAUCAAAUAAUGGUCACUCUUAAGUUGAUAAAGUAAUAGUAAUUAAUUUAGUGCAUUGAUUAGAGAGGAUCAUGUGCCUCAGACACAAUGUGAGCCAGAGUUGUUCCCGAGUCAAUUAUUGUUCCACCAUUAUUUGUACCAAAUGUUUAUGGAUCAAUUGGUACUUGUUGGUCAUUGACAUAAAUACUCUGGAACUCCACAUUGUAAUUUAGUCUGACAUGGGAUGCAUGUAUGUUAGACAAACGUUUCAUAAAAGAUUCACAAAUCAAUCUUAUGAAUGCAUAAUUCCACUAAAGAGUAAGUUUAUAAACAAACAAGUAUCAUCAUACAUACAUAUGCAUGUAAACAUGUAAUUAAAUGCGCCCCAAAACUUUAAAAAACCAGUAACUUUUAGUGUGGGGUUUGCAAUAAUCGUGCAACCUCUAAAUAGGGUGUGGGUGCUAAUACAAUCUAUUAAAAUUUGAGUUUAUAAUUUAUUUUAUCUACAAGAUAACACAUACUUUCCAACCAUUGGCAUGUGAACGAUAUAUGCUCCUCAACUUGCGCAAGCAUCAAUGUACUACCGCCACUUCUUUUCAAAUAAUGAGAGAAUACUGAUGGCAUUACUCUGUUUGCUGAGAGCUAGUUGAUGGUAGAGAUUAGGUAAACUUCAAGUCCAAAUAUUCCAUCAAUUAGAGCAGUAAGACUUUCUGCGCCUUGGUGUUGAGUUGCACAUUUGUGAUGCUAAAGUAAUUAAAUAAGUUGCAAAUACAUGAGUUAAAUCUCUAUAGUGAGAAAAAAGAGAAUUGAUAUAUAUAUAUAUAUAUAUAUAUAGAUUUUAUAUUCAAACUAUUUAAUACUUAACCAAGCUUACCCAAAAAUAAUUUGAGUGGAAGUGUUAUAGCUGAUGUUCCACUGGUUUUCUCCAAGUAGAUGACAUUGUGCACGUAAUCAACCAAUGCCAAUAACCUCCUCCGAAGUGAUAUUAGUGGGUCAUAUGGUUUUGGCAGAACAUCUCUAUCCAUCCCCAAUCCAAAUUUUGUGGUCUGAGCAUGAAAUGAAUCCCGAUGUCAUUUACGCUGAUGGGUUGAAGAAUGCUGAUUGAACCUACAUGAAAAUUUAUCAAGUAAAAACAUGUUAGUUAUUCUAAAUUUUCAUUGAACUUGAACUUACAAGGAAAACAUUAAGAUGCAUUAUACCUCUAACAAAUUUUCGCGUAGGCAAUCUCUACCAGAAGCAUAGUUCACCCACAAACCAUCACUUCUUGUGGUUAUGUGUAUGCAUAAUUCUUUUGGAGGAGAUCUCAAUUGAAUUCGUGUGUAGUAAAUUCUAACAAACAUAACAUGUCAUAUAUUAAAAAAAUAGCCACUAAACAUAGUACUAAAUAAUGCAUAAAAUAAAUAGUUGAAGAUGUUUUUCAAUAGAAAAAUUCUUUUGGUACACCUUGGGUUACACCUUGGUGUACACCCUAUAUAACCCCCACAUUUCUUAUUUCUCCCCUCCCAACUUUUUUCUCUCCACUCUCAUUCUCUCCACUCCUCUCCCAUUUGAAUCAUACGGAUCCCGCUCCCUCCUCUCUUUCUUCUUUCCUUUUCUUCUUCUUCAACAUAUUGUUCUUUCUUCUUUCUUUCUUCCUUUCUCUUUCAUCUUCUUCCUAUUCUUCUUCUUCUUUCCUUCUCUUUUUAGGUUUUAUUCAUCCUAAUCAUCUUCAUUAUCUUCAUCAACAUCUUCUUCUUUUUCUUUCCUUCUCACUUUUUACGUUUUAUCCACACCGACACUGAUUUGCUAUAGUGUCUAUGUACACAGACGAAAGUUGUAUAUAUACAGACACUUUUUUUUAUACAAGACAACUAACGUCUGUGUACACCGACACUUGUUUUCCGACUAAUUUUUCACACCGACACUUUUUUGUCUACACAGACAACUAACAUCUGUGUACACCGACACUUGUUUUCCAACUAAUUUUUUCACACCGACACUUUUUUGUCUACACAGACAACUAACGUCUGCGUACACCGACACUUAUUUUCCAACUAUUUUUUCACACCGACACUUUUUUGUCUACACAGACAACUAACGUUUGUGUACACCGACACUUGUUUUCUAAUUAAUUUUUCACACCGACACUUUUUUGUUUACACAGACAACUAAUGUCUGUGUACACCGACAUUGGUUUCCGUGCAACCAGCCUGACAGAUCUAGAAACUAAUUUUACUCACACCGACACUUUCAAUGAAAGUGUCUGUAUUUGUGUGUUUUUUGCCUGUGAGAAGGGCAAAUAAAUGGGUGUACCCCAGGGUGUAACCCAGGGUGUACACCAAGAACUAUUGUUUUCAAUAUAGCUUGUAUUACGCUAGAAAUAAGUAAUUCAGGAAAUUUUUUACCAACUCAGUGUCAUAACUUCUUUUAACUGGAAGACACAUCACACUAUUAGUAUAAGGUUGAACAUGUUAUAUAUUUCUCAGUUGGUCGUGUUGUUGAAAAUGGCUUACGUUAUAUUCUUUGGUAAUUUCCCUUAAAUCAAACUUUACCACCUCGCUGUUACACAUAAGUGCAGCCACUAUUGAGCUUCCAACUUCCAAGACCAGUUAACUUGUAUUCGUUUUCUUUACCUCUACAAAAGAAGUAUCUGGUAUUUCAUAGAAUGUUCUUAUGCAUUUGGAAUAGCAAAUAAUGAAAUAGAUUUAGCGCUUUUGAUUUGACGCAAUGCAUACAAGAUUUACUGCUAUACACAGGCAGUUUCAUCAUAUUGUGGUUGGUAUAGAAGGUAAUUAUCUUAAGUUGUUGCACAUAUUUCAAAUUUAAAUGUUCUCUAACUAAUGGAGUUCCUGCUGUGUGCGCAUAUUCAGGUGACUACAAAUACAUGAGGUUUGCAUUUCCAUUAUUCCUUCACUGUUGUCUAUAAUUCUACAAGUAUAUAAUUUUUCAAUGAAAGGCACAUAUAUUAAUUAAUGACAUGCAUUGCUUUUAUAUAGAGUUCAGUGUGUGAUUGAUUAAUUGGACAUGUAGGUUCGAAUGUCGGAAAUCAGGAAUUAAUUCUGGAUUUUAUUUACAGAGCAUAAAAGACAACAUAUGUCAUUUCUGUCUAUCCAGACCCCAAACUGUUGCUUUCUUUUUUAGUUUUUAAAAUCCAAAUCAGUCAUUAUUCUAAACCUACACGUUUACACAUUUGAUUUUUUGUCAUUAACUCUUCUAAAUCCUUAUAUUCGCGUUCACUUUUUCCGCAAUUAUGAUAUGCAGUGUCUUGUAUCCAGGGACCCAUCAGAGGAAAAAAUCGUAGAGGAAUUCCUUGUCCAUGAAGAGAUAGAGGAUAGCAUGAGGAUAGAUGUUUUGAAGAUCAUAAAGGGAAUGGGCUUCAAAGCAGAACAUGAAGGUCAAGCAAAUGAUAUUCCUUCUCUGGAAUUUCAGGUUGUGCAAGACGCAGAUCGACUUGAUGCAAUUGGUGCCAUAGGAAUUGCUAGAUGUUUUACAUUUGGUGGAAGUAGGCAUGGUGUUCUUCAUGAUCCUAAAAUUCUUCCCAGGUCAGAUCUUUCCAAGGAAAACUACAUGAACAAAGAUGAGCAAACAACUAUUAACCAUUUUCAGGAGAAGCUUCUCAAGUUGAAGGACAUGAUGAAAACUCAGGCUGGGAAGAGGAAGGCUAAAAGGAGGCACAAAGUUAUGGAAGAUUUCUGAGAGUUUUAUGAACAGUGGGAUGGCAAUGCUUGAACAGAUCCAUGUUUUUAAGAUGUAUGGAGUAUAACUUUUGCAGGUGUGCACACAAGAAAUACUUAUCUCUGUCUUUCUAACAGUUAGAGCCAGGAUGGACUCCUUGUUUUGGAUUGGUUUUGGAUUGUUUGAUGUGCAUCUGAACUUUUAAAAGCAUUUCAUUGGUAGAUUGAACCCCAAUGUUUUUCUUGUAUAUUACUACUCUCCUUGUUUUCCCGUGUAGUCAACUACAAAAAAAAAUGAAACUCAUUUUGUUUAUGUAAUUUUCUAUUACAUUACGAUAUAUUGAUUUAUUCUACUGUUGUUAUAUAGUAAGACUUAAAAGUAUUCCUG